AUGUCCACUUGUUUCCUUCAUUUCACUCCCAUGGCGACUUCAAUCUCAUCUUCUUCCUCUUCAUUUCCCUCUCGUAGAAGCAACCCGAGGCCUGUCAAGACUCUUUUUGCUGCUUCUUGUAUUGGUUCCAAGGCCUCUGCUAAAAUCCCCAUGCCACCCAUUAACCCUAAGGACCCCUUCCUUUCGAAACUCGCUUCUGUUGCUGCCAAAUCUCCUGAAACGUUUCUUAACCGUCCUGUUAACCCCGACACGCCGCCGUAUUUGGAUGUCUUUGACUCUCCCACUCUUAUGGCCACUCCUGCCCAAGUGGAGAGAUCAGUUUCAUACAAUGAACAUAGGCCAAGGAGGCCGCCACCGGAUUUGCCAUCAUUGCUUCUCCACGGUAGAAUAGUUUACAUUGGAAUGCCGUUGGUGCCUGCUGUCACAGAGCUUGUUGUUGCAGAGCUGAUGUAUUUGCAGUGGAUGGAUCCCAAAGAACCAAUAUAUAUUUACAUAAAUUCAACUGGGACAACUCGUGAUGAUGGUGAAUCGGUUGGGAUGGAAACAGAAGGUUUUGCCAUUUAUGAUGCUAUGAUGCAGCUGAAAAAUGAGAUACAUACGGUUGCUGUUGGAGCUGCUAUAGGCCAGGCUUGUCUACUGCUAGCUGCAGGAAGCUCGGGAAAACGUUUUAUGAUGCCUCACGCCAAAGCCAUGAUUCAGCAGCCUCGUGUCCCUUCAUCUGGGUUGAUGCCUGCUAGUGAUGUUCUUAUUCGUGCAAGAGAGGCUAUAACAAACAGGGACACUCUUGUAGAACUUCUGGCGAAGCACACUGGAAAUUCACAGGAGGCAGUUGCAAAUGUUAUGAGAAGACCAUUUUAUAUGGAUUCUACUAGAGCUAGAGAAUUCGGGGUCAUUGACAAGAUUCUGUGGCGUGGUCAGGAAACAAUCAUGGCAGAUGUUGCACCCCCAGAGGCGUGGGACAAGAAUGCUGGCAUUAAAGUCGUGGAUGGACUUUAAUUUUUCUUAAGCCAAUAUAUCAUAAGAAAUUCUUACGUAGGAAGUCAUGAAUUCAUCUUGAAGGAGCUAGAUUGUGGUGGUUUACUCGAUAAUGAAUUGGCAUUGAAGUUUUGUCUCAUCUGCAGGUGUUAUGACAUAUUAUUCGGCGAGAGCCUUAAACAUGCAACAAUAUAGCAAUCUUCGCAAGCUAUACCCAGAACCUUAUAGCCAGAACCGGUUGCAGAUUGAUCUUCAGUCUUAUGACCUUAUCAUGAACAAUAGUUAGCUUGUACAAAGCCAAGUUGACAAAGAAGUCAAUGCAACAAUGACACUAUUAAGUUUUGCAUUGGAGUUACACAUAAUGUCAUAGAUUAUGUUCAGGUUUGCGAUGAUUCGACUUUUCGUAUUCUUCUUGUAUAACCUCGAUGAAAAAUUUAUUUCUUCAAAAAAGAAGAGGAAAAAAAAAAAAAUCGAUCUUUUUUCUGGUAUAAUUCCAUCUGUUUGCUCAUCCCUUGUUAUUGUGAAUGAUUCUUGGGUCAAUAUGAAGACAUUAGAGACUCAACCAAAUUUGAUGAAUAG